AUGAAUCUUCCAGUAAAGCCAAUCGACAGCUGGUCAAGAGGAAUCUGCGAUUGCCUCGGAAACAGCGUCAGCAUGAAUCUUCCAGUAAAGCCAAUCGACAGCUGGUCAAGAGGAAUCCACCGUUGCCUCGGAAACAGCGUCAGCAUGAAUCUUCCAGUAAAGCCAAUCGACAGCUGGUCAAGAGGAAUCCGCAGUCCUCGGAAACAGCGUCAGCAUGAAUCUUCCAGUAAAGCCAAUCGACAGCUGGUCAAGAGAAAUUCGCCGUUGCUCGGAAACAGCGUCAGCAUGAAUCUUCCAGUAAAGCCAAUCGACAGCUGCCAAUCGACAGCUGGUCAAGAGGAAUCCGCCGUCGUCUUCUGGUGGAAUCGAACUUCGAAUCUCUUCACCCACAUGAAUCUUCCAGUAAAGCCAAUCGACAGCUGGUCAAGAGGAAUCCGCCGUCGUCUUCUGGUGGAACCGCCCCAAUCGACAGCUGGUCAAGAGGAAUUCGCCGUCGUCUUCUGGUGGAACCGAACUUCGAAUCUCUUCACCAAACACUUCUACUCGAAAUGGAAGUAA